GCGGUGCGUGUGCGUGUGUGUAUUUGUAUGUGUAAGGGUCGGGUAGAGGCCCCCAAGAAGUCGAAAGGAAAGGAAUGAGACCCGAGGAGCUCUCCGCCUCUAUGUACGUAUGUAUUAUGUAGAUGUAUACGACCAACAGUAUGUGGGAAACUAAAGAGGGGGAGCGAGAGGCUCAGGGGGGGAAGGAUCUAACCGGGCGAUGGCGGAGAGAGACCGAUGUGAAUCCAUACAAGUAUGUAUGUAUGUAUGUUUCUAUGUGUGUACGUCUUGUGUGCAGACGUUUUUGCGUGUGCCUGGUUGGCUUAGGGUUUUGAUGCGUGCGCAGGAGGGCAAAUGAUUUCCCCGGCUCGUGCACACUCGCUGCCACUGCCGGGAGGCGAUCGUACGGCUCAUGUCAUCUACGUCGUGUACUGGCUGCGUAACCUAGUCCUAUGGACGCGUGCGUGCGCGUGCGCUUUUGGAGUCCCCAUCGGCACCGAGGGGCCGUGGCGGGAUCUCGCGCUUUACCACUGCGCGAUGAUCUACCAAUGCACUCACACCACCGUUCUCAAGACGCGCCCCUUUGCCGAGGUUGCCGUGUCUUUUGCAGAGCCGCUGGUCCGCCGCGGCAGCGAUGAGCCCCGACGGACCAUAGCGACCCCCUCGGCGACGCGUCCGGUACGACUGUCGUACGACGUGUCUCAGUUGCGGCGGCAGCAGCAGGAGGCGCCGGCGGCGGCGCAAGGCGCCUUCGGAUCGGCGUCGCCGCUUCUUGCCGAUGCCGUCGAAGACCCGUUGUGGUACAACGCCUGGGAGGACGAGCUACCUCUUCCCCGCCCAGCUCAGGAGGCCCUUCGACACCGCAGCGGGGCUCGAGCCGCAGACUUCAGCGACCGAGCCGCCGGGCUAGGAGACCGCAGGUGGAGCACAGACGCCGCUGACGCAGCGUCGAACGCUGACGUCAGCGUCAGCGGCGUCCUGGAGCCGACGGCGCGCCGUACACCAGGCGUGGGCAGCAGCGGGAGGCCCCCCUCCCUGACCCAGCGUACGACACACCUGGCGAAAUGGCUCUGUGGCGGCGGAGCGACGGCGGCGGGCGGCGCUGGUGGUCAGCGGCCCUCGGGGCCCUUCGUGGCGGCGCCGCAGCGGCAGAUCUUGUUCGACCUGUCGGGUCGGGUGCUGCCUGGGGGAGAGCGUAAGCGAGUCAGUGUGGGCCAUGAGCUCCUCAUCAACCCUGCCGUACUCAUGUUGGACGAGCCAACAAGCGGACUGGACUCCACUACCGCCCUGCACCUGGUGCAAUUGCUGCGGCAGCACGCAGUGUGUUUUGCAUCACUUCCUCCUCCUUCCGCCCCAUCCCCCCCACCACCACCCCCUUUCGCUGCUCACAACUCUCCCACCUCUCUGCCUUGCAUGUGCCUUUGCCCGCUGCUCCUGCUGCCUGGCCAGCUGGCGGCGGGCGGGCGCGCCAUCAUCACCACCAUACACCAGCCCUCCUCCCGCCUAUACCGCCAACUAGACCGCGUCAUGCUGCUGGCAGAGGGACACAUCAUGUAUUAUGGAGAUGCCAAUUUGGCCCGGGCUGCCGAGUGGUUCGGGUACUUCGGGUUUGGACUGCCGUACGGCGUAUCGUUGGCGGAUUUCAUCCUGGACUGCGCCACGGGGGAAGUCGUCGCCCGCCAGGAGGCAGCGGACCAGGCGGCAUCAGGGUUUUCCCGCCGCACCUCAACUUCCGCCCCGCCCGCCUUGGUGAUUCCCCGUAACACGGACAGUGGCGGUGGCGGCGGUGCGGGUACGCAGGACCAGCGGGCAAGCAGCCCCCCAGCCAGCGCCGCCAAACCCGCCCAAACCCCCCUCCGCCACCGCCGCCGCGUCCGGGUCUGCGAGGGCCUUACGGGGCGAGCCGCGAUGCUGUCCCUGUACAGCACCUUCGAGGCCUGGUACUCGGAACACCCCGACGGCCUAACCGACCUCGCCCAGCUGGAGGGCGUGGAGUUUAGAAUCAGGGGAGCGGAUGGAAGCAGCAGGUACGGAUGUGGGGGAGGUACGGCAGCGGCGGGAGCGCCAGCGGAGGAAGGUGGCGGCGGCGGUGGCGGCGGCGGUGGCAACUUCCUGAGCCCAAUCUCGCGGUUCGGGGGAGGUGGUGGCAGCUCCGGAAAACAAGACCCUAUUGAAAUUGUACGACGAUGCAGGGCUUUCACCCGGCGGCCCCGAGGUACACCAGAAACCCUCAACUACCACAACUACCACAACUACCACAACUACCUCUCCAGAAGAGUUCAUGGAACGAGGUUCGAGUCUCUCAGUGCCCAGAAUUUAUUGCAGAUGUUGGCGGUGGCCGUCAUUACGGGUCUGCUGUGGUUCCAGCGGGGCAGGGGCUCCCAGAUCUCUGCGGGAGCGGAUGUGAUGGGUCUGCUGUUCUUCGAACUCCUCUUCCCGUCAUUCCGGUCUCUCUUCUCUGCGCUGUUCACCUUCCCUAACGAGUACCGUAUGCUGAAGAAGGAGCGACCCGCGGGCAUGUACCGGCUAUCCGCCUACUACCUGGCCCGCACCGCCUCCGACCUGCCCAUAGAGCUCAUGUACCCCACCUUGUUCGUGACGUCUUGGGGUUUGUUGUUCGGAGGGACGUUUAUGGACCCGAAGAGCGCACAAACCAUAACCACCGUGGUGAUGUUGACGUUCCUGCUGGUUGGCGGUUUCUACGUGAAGAAGGUCCCCGUCUGGAUAGGCUGGAUUAAGUACCUCUCCUUUCUCUACUGGGGUUUCAACUUGCUGCUCAAGAUCCAAUUUCGCCACGUGGACUACUUCGAUGGCGGAGUACGGGUGGGCGAUGUCAAGUCAGCUCUGGGCCUUCCCGCGGACCCCAACUCCAAUGUACUGCCUGAUGUGCUCGUACUUCUGGCCAUGUUGGUGGCUUUGAGGGCCCUAUCGUACAUAGUCCUCAGAAUCAAGACGGAAAUCAUCUUCCAAGGUUUUUGUCUGCCUGAGAACUGCCCAACUGGGAACUGCCUUCUGCGGACACCACACAGACUGGUGUCCACCUCCGUACUGCUUCCUUGCUGCCUUGCCUCCGUACUGGCUGCCCUCGCCUCCGUACUGGCUGCUUUCGUGGGGCCCGGAUGCGCGGCUCGACAUGACAUUUGCAGAAGCAAGCAGCUGCCAGAGAGCAGUAGCUAG